AUGUCCCCGCACGCGAUCGCUCCUAUGCCGGCGCUCUUCGCUGCCCUCGCCGCCCUGCUGGUCUGCCUUGCGCCCGUGCUCCGCGUAGCGGCAUACCAAGCCUUCCCCGAGAGCGAUGCCAAUCGCACCUUUGACACUACUUUCAGCAUCAGCCCGCCGCCUGGCAGCGUCCCACCACAUCUCCGAGGCGCCACCUUCCAGCUCUACAACUACAUCACGCCCGACUACGAUCCCUCCCGCGUCCGCCGCGCCGUCAUUGCGCUUCACGGUCUCGGCCGCGACGCCUGGGGCUACUUUGACCAGACCAACGAGGCGCUGCACAAUGCCACCUCGCGCAGGGACCGCAAGAGCAAGCGUCCUCGCCUUGCCCGCGACGAGGUCGUCAUCAUGGCGCCCCUCUUCAUGAACGACGAAGACCAAGGCGGCUUCCCGGUCGACGAACAGGGCAACCCCACCACCUCGGCGCUCGUAUGGCCAAAGAACAAGUGGGCAGAGGGCGCAGACACCAUCCUUCCCGCCACGAUCUACGACGAAGACGGCGACGAGGUCUCUGCCCCGGGCAUCUCGAGCUUCGAGGCGCUCGACGAGGUCAUCCGCUACUUUUCCAACCAGAGCGUCUUUCCGAGGCUCAACACCAUCAUCAUUGCUGGGCACAGUCUUGGCGCCCAGAUGGUUCAGCGCUACGCUCUGAUAGGCUCGGUGCCUAGCGGCGAGACGCCGGUCCACUUUGUGGUCGCCAAUCCGGGAUCAUUCGCCUACCUCAGUGAUUGGCGCCCGCGCAACUACGCCGGGUGUCCAGAGACGUUCAACGCGUGGAAGUUUGGCCUGGGUAGCUACGGCCAGCGCUAUCUUUCCGAUUUCAUAUCGCAGUCGCUGGACACGUCCAACGACAUCGAGAGCGUUGUGGCCAGGUACCGGCGGCGGGUCGUGUCUUACUUGUUCGGGUUGGCCGACGACGGCCUCGGCGAUACUGGCUGCGAAGCGCGCGCCCAGGGGCUCAACCACCUCAGUCGCGGACGCAACUUUGUCAAGCACCUCUCGGGGAUGGACGACGGCUUCCCCGACACCCACUCGGUCGAAUACAUCCGAGGUGUGGCCCACGAUGCGCUAGGCAUGUUCACCAGCCGCGCCGGCCUAGAGCGCUUGUUCUACAUCAACCUCGACGGGACCGAGCUGCCCACGGCGGUCGGAGACGACGACAGGGGCAUCAACCGCUGGCUAUUCGAGCAGAUGAACUCGGCAUGCGGGGAGUCGACCGGCACGACCACCGCGAUCCUCUCGUCCAUGAUGGCGGCAGCGACGGCGUGGUGGCUGGUCUCGACGUGA